GACUGGGGGACGUUCAGAGAGAACUUCCGGUAGCUUUGAGUCUGAAAGUCCGCGGAGGAAGAUGAGUAAACAGGUGACUUGUAGGUAUUUCCUCCAUGGUGUCUGCAGAGAGGGCAGCCGCUGUCUGUUCUCUCAUGACUUGAACAACAGUAAACCUUCAAACAUCUGCAGGUACUACCUGAGAGGGGCGUGCGCCUAUGGAGAGCGCUGCAGGUAUGACCAUGUCAAACAAACGCCCAGAGGAGGAGAGGGAGGAGCUUCAGAGGACUUGGCAGGUGGAAGCAAAAGUGGUGUGAAGAAGACAUUAGUCCUGAGGGACAGAGCUCUUGGUGGUGGUGUGGCGUAUGGGGGCCCAGUAGACAGCCUGGACUCCGUGAUUCCGGCAGCGGCGUCUCCGCAGUCGUAUGUGGCCGCUAUCAGAACUGGACUGGACGUCUCAUCUUUGGAACAAGAGCCUCCCCCAAUGGGCGGAGCUUAUCAUGAUGUUCCCCAGCUGUGUCCCUAUGCUGCUGCUGGACGGUGUUACUAUGAGGAUAGAUGCCCCUAUCUCCAUGGCAACCUGUGUGAGGUGUGCAGCCUGCAUGUGCUUCACCCCUUUGAUGCUGAGCAGAGGAGAAUGCACGAGAAGGCGUGUCUGUUGGCGUUCGAGGCCGACAUGGAGAAGGCCUUCGCAGCUCAGUUCAGCCAGGACAAGGUGUGCUCCAUCUGCAUGGAGGUGGUGGUUCAGAAGGCGAGCCUGUCGGAGCGAAGGUUCGGCAUUCUGUCCUCCUGUUGUCACGUCUUCUGUCUCACCUGCAUCCGGCAGUGGCGUGGAACCAGAACCUUCUGCAACAAGAUCAUCAAGUCGUGUCCGGAGUGUCGGGUCAUCUCAGAGUUCGUCAUUCCCUCGGCGUUCUGGGUGGAGGAUCAGGAGGAAAAGGAUCAGCUGAUAGAGCUCUUCAAGUCAGGUGUCAGUAAGAAGGCCUGUAAGUACUUCGAUCAGGGCCGUGGCUCCUGUCCGUUUGGAGGAAAAUGUUUGUAUCUUCACGCCUUCCCAGACGGAACUCAACCAGAACCGGACCGGCCCCGUAAGCAGCUGAGCUCCGAGGGAAACGUUCGGUUCAUGAACAACGUGCGUCUGUGGGAUUUCAUCCAGGAGCGCGAACAGCGGGCGCCCCCGCCCUUACCGUCCAUGGAUGAUGACAUCACAGAGCUUCGAGAGCUCUUCAUGCAGAUGUCGGGUCCGAGCAAUGAGGAAGCAGAGGCUCCACCCACUUCAGAGCAUUAAAGAGGUGGGCGGAGCAGAUUCUGCUUUCUCCAUGGUAACCUGUGGCUCAAUGAGACGACGCGUUUAC